UAGAAAAGCUCUCCCAUAAGCAGGCAGGCUGGCUGGCUGGCUGGCUGGCUGCCCGGGCACGGACCGUUUCCACUGUCUGUCUGUCUGUCUGUCCGUCCGUCCGUCUUGUCUCGUCUCAUUUCGCCUCGCCUCGUCACGUCUCGCCGCCGCGUCUCCUAGUCUAGUCUCUUUAUCCAGCUUUGCCUCUCAGCCUCGCGUUACGCGUUAUCCUCCUUUCUUCCUCCCCGCGUCUUUUCUCCCUCGUUUCUUUUUCUUUUUCUUUUCUUUCCUUCUCCUCCACCUCCUCCUCCUCCAUCCUCCUCCUCCACCCCCUCCCCUCACCCUUUUCUUUUCCACUCGCCGUCCGCACCGCAUGGUUUCUCUCUCGUGGUUUCUCUCCUCCAGUGGUUUCUCUCCAACAGUUCCGUCAACGACAACACGAUAAUGUAGCGCAUAAUAACGAUGAAUAAUAAUAAUAAUAAUAAUAAUAAUAAUUGGUGCGACAAGGGAUAAAAGAGGGAGGGAUUCGAGGGAUCCCGAGUGUGUUGAUCCGAGUUUGUGCCUGGUACGCUUCGUGACCUUGAGAACCUUGAGUGACAGUGCGUGUCUCUGACCUUGGCUCCAGCCAAGUUACCCGAUGGCAGCGCGAGCACAGCUGCCAGACGCGACGACAGCUGAUCAAGCCGAGUGGAGGAGGAUCCCCGAGCGGUGGAGGAUGUGCACGAUAAGCUUGUUCCGUGAACAAAUCAGAAGAGAGACAAUGGGACGAAGAUACGGAGAAUGAGCAUCGAGGAGAAAAAUUGGAGGAGAAAAUUGGUAGAAACGGGACAGGCCACAAAGGCUUGCCGGUCGAACGAAGUCGUAUAUUAACAAUGGACACCGAUAUAUCGAGAACAGAUGCGCCAACACGAAUUGUCAGACAUUCGCAGAGCAUGAAGAGGAGAAGAUUCGCCUGACUUCUUAGUUACGUUCGGUGCCAGUUUGGAGAAUGGAGGAGUCCUCACCAAGGAUUCGUCCCUAUCUGGAUUGCUGGGACAGACGUAGGAAAGAGAGAAUGUCCAAGAGAUCCUGUUAAAUGGAAUUUAAAAGCAAGCAGAACGAAGACAAGUACUCGGUGGCGAACAGCCAAGCGCCGUUGCAGGCCGGCGAGGACGAACAUCCGGAACGUGGUACAUGGACGGGGAAAUUCGACUUCCUGUUGUCUCUUUUGGGAUACAGCGUCGGCCUUGGCAAUGUAUGGCGGUUCCCGUAUCUCUGCUACUCAAAUGGAGGGGGCGCUUUUCUAAUACCGUUCACAGUGAUGCUCAUUAUCGCGGGACUGCCUCUAAUGUUCAUGGAGCUUUCCUUAGGGCAGUACGCGAGCCUUGGCCCAGUGGCAGCUUACAAACGCUUCUGCCCCCUCCUGCGCGGCUUGGGAUACGGAAUGGUGUUGGUCAGUUCUGUGGUGAUGCUCUAUUACAACUUGAUCAUCGCCUGGACCCUUUAUUACAUAUUCGUCUCCGUGGCUGGAGCUGGUAAACUGCCAUGGAGCAAGUGCGAACCAGCAUGGAGCACCGAAGACUGCUUCAUGCCAGAAGCUGCCGAGGCGUGCGCGUCUCAAAACAUGAGUUAUUUCAAAGGGAAAUGCUUAAAUUCCACCCAGAUGGCCUCCAUGGGCCUGACUCUCGAAAAUAUCACUAGUGCCAUUAGAAGACCACCGGCCGAGGAAUAUUUUAACAAUCACGUGUUGGGGAUGAGUAGCGGUAUAGAGGAGACAGGAGCCAUUCGACCCUCGAUGGCGGUGAAUCUUUUACUAGCUUGGAUCAUUGUCUUCCUUUGCCUGAGCAAAGGUGUUCAAAGCUCGGGAAAGGUUGUCUAUUUCACUGCUCUCUUCCCAUACGUUGUUCUGAUCGCUCUUUUCAUUCGUGGAAUUUUGCUUCCUGGCGCCAACGAGGGCAUUCUCUUUUACUUAACACCCGAUUGGAAAAGGCUGAUGUCCGCGAAAGUGUGGGGCGACGCCGCUGUGCAGAUAUUCUUCGCCUUGAGCCCCGCUUGGGGCGGUCUGAUAACGCUCAGCUCCUACAACAAAUUCACCAACAAUUGCUACAAGGAUUCGUUGAUCGUCGCCGUCAGCAACAUCGGCACGUCCUUUUUCGCCGGCUUCGUAAUUUUCUCUGUGAUCGGUUUCCUAGCUCACGAGCUUGCGGUUCCGGUCGCGUCUGUCGUCGACCAGGGUGCUGGAUUGGCGUUCAUAGUGUAUCCCGAGGUAGUAGCACGUUUACCAGUCGCACCAGUUUGGUCGCUGCUCUUUUUCGUGAUGCUCCUCACCUUGGGUCUUGACUCUCAAUUCGCUUUGAUGGAAACUGUCACCACAGCAAUUCUCGAUGCCUUUCCAGCAUUAAGAAACUACAAAUUGUGGGUUGUCUUGGCGGCAGCCGUGUUCGGUUACGCUGGUGGAAUUAUUUUUACUACUAACGCUGGCAUGUAUUGGUUGCAAUUGAUGGACAAAUACGCGGCGAAUUGGUCGGUUUUGUUAAUAGCCAUCGGUGAGUGCAUCUUGGUCGCCUGGAUUUACGGCGCGGAUCGAUUUCUCGACGAUGUACAGCAAAUGAUCGGGCCUCGUAGCCGUCUCUGGAGAUUUUUCUGGACCUGGAUGUGGAAAGUGAUUACACCGGCCACCCUUUUCUUCAUCCUCUUCUUCAACUGGGUCGAAUACGAGCCCCUCAAAUACGGUGUCUACGUUUAUCCAAAAUGGGCGGACAUUGUCGGAUGGGUCGUUGGUAUGAUACCAGUUUUGGUCAUCGUUGGCCUGGCUCUCAGCCAAUUGAGGGAUCGUCGUCGACGUUCCGCCUACGACGACGACGACGACGACGACGACGACCUGGACAACAGGCCAUCGUACCAGAGGCCUGGCAAAGGUAAAACGAAGAAGAGCAACGGGAAGAACGUGUGGUGGCGAGCCAAGAUGCUUUUACAGCCUACUUCCGAUUGGGGUCCAGCGAGCAGGAAUCCUUCCACCCCGUCGAGAACGCUCACUCACACCCCGUCACCAGGGCCACCAGGAGGAUAUAAUUCCGUCAGAGACACCAUAGUCCUGGUGAACGGUCAACCGAUGAUGGUGCAACCCUCGAGCACAUCCGGCGCCGCUCAGAAACUUCCUGGGCCGUCGAUCCUCAAGAAUUCUAGUAAAACCGACUUGAUCACAUCCCAACAAGUCUGACACGAUGUUCAUUUUAUCUCUAAAGACGAGUCUGCCCAGACCUCUAUUGCCAAAGACACAACACGCCAAUAACAGGUAGUUGCAUAUCGCGGAUAGGAUAACACAAUCGAUGGAUCGAUCGGGUGGCGGUCGAAAACGACAUUGAACGACAUUGAAUAUUCCAAUAGAAAGAAGAGGAGGAAGAAGAGACGAAAACAAAAAAAAGAAAAAAAGAUUCCUAUGAAUUUAUUUUUUUAAGACGGGAAUAGUUAGUGUAUUUUUUGAUAUAAUCGAAUCUCUCACUGUCGUGUAUUACAUUGUAAUUUUGAAUUCCAACAGAACUUAACAAAAUAUCCGUUAUUACAUGUAACGAUUUUAAAUAAUAUCUCUCUCGUAUCGUUACGUUUGUAAUUUGUUAAAUUUAAAUUUUUACAAAUGCGUAUAUUUCUUUCGUUGCAUAAAUAUAUUUGAUAUAUCCUUGUUCUUUGCUUUCGUAGCUACGAAUAUAUAUAUAUAUACAUAUAGACUGGUAAGAAUAUUUAAGGAUAAAUUAAAAUUGUUGUUAUCCUUUAAUAUUAGCAAAAUAAUAAUAUUAAUUUCGUUAUUAUAAAAAAAUAAUAGAUAGAUCAUUAGGCGACUCGCGUGAAAAAAAAGAAAAAGGAAAAGAAAUCAAAACUGUUAUCGAUCGAGGAAGAAACUCGUGAGGAAUACGCUCUGCGAUAUCAUAUAGGAAAAAUUAAACGCUACUCCACUGCUUUCGAUUGUACAUAAGAAUAGAAUGUAUGGGUAGGAGAGACGAAGAAGAGGAGGUGAAGUGAAGUGAGCGGAAGGGAAAUUUAAUCUAAUCCUAACGAAAGAAAGUUAUUUAUUGCUUAUCCACGUCGAAGCGAGGA